AUGGAAGAGUUCGACGAGUUUGAAGAUUUGUUCCUUGAUGAGGAAUAUUACAGACCACCAGUGCUUCAUCCUUUGUAUUGCCCGAGGGUGAGGAACCCAUUGGCGGACAUCAUACCACUAAUAGGAGCCACUGUAGUCACCCUCAUGGAUAGCAGGGAGCACCAACCAAGACAGGAGGGGUUAGCUGAAGUUCUGGAGGCAAAGAGUGACAUUGACUUCUUCAGGCAUCUUCGGCUUUCAAGGAAUUCAUUUGCAAGGACUCUGGAAAUCAUUUACAAGGCUUAUGAUGAAUCAUCUUCUGGUACCACCCUUUAUUUGGGACCAAGAAAAUCACUGUACCUCACUUUGUGUUAUCUUAGUACACAGUCAACCUACUGUGAAAUAUCUGAGUUAUUUGGAGUUUCCCAAAUGACAGUUUUUGAGUGUGUGCAGAGAGUGAUUGAUGUGCUGUGUGCAGCAGGGAAAAAAGUUAUUGUGUGGCCAACUGCUGAGGAACAACAUCAAGUUUCCAUUGAAUUCCUCAUGUUGGGAGGAAUUCCUGAAGUGAUUGGGGCUGUGGAUGGAUGUCAUAUUCACAUCAAGGCACCAAGUGAUACACAAGCAGACUACAUUAACCAAAACCAGAGACAUACUGUCAAUCUCAUGGCAGUCUGCACUGCUGAUAAAAAGUUUUCCUUUAUUCAGGCUGGUUUCCCUGGAUCAGCACAUGAUAGCUGUGUGUUUAGGUCAUGCACCGUUUUCACAAAAAUGCAAAACUCUGAUGCUACAUUUUUUUCAUCACCAAAUUAUCAUAUUGUUGGAGAUUCUGCUUUUCCGCUUCACAAGCAUUUGAUGGUGCCCUUAAAAAAUAUUGGUAACCAAUGUGAAGCCCAGUCAAAGUUUAACACAAAAUUGUCAAAAGCCAGAGUCACAAUAGAAAAUGCUUUUGAUUUUCUGAAGGGUAGAUUUAGGCAUUUGAAAUAUGUAGAUGCUGAUAUAGAGAGGAUACCAAAAAUUGUGAAAGCAUGUUGUGUCCUUCAUAAUAUAGCCUUACAGCAUCCAGAAGAUAUAAUUUUCUUGGAAAGGGAAGGGGUACUUAACUGUCCUAUGCAAGUGAGUGGUGCCAAGUUAAGUCAGACUCAGCAGGUGGAAGAAAGAGAAAAGCAAUGGCUAUUGCAAGGAUACUGUAAAGAAUGUAGAGAGUUUCAUAAACAUAUCAUGCUCACAACAGUUGCAUAAUCAUUUUCAUCACAUUAUGACUUGUAAUGUUACUACAAUAAACUCAUUGAUAUCA